CUCAUAUGUCAAUAUGUCAAAUUUGUCAUUUAUUGAGUAAGGUUAUGAAAUUUAUUGUUGCAGUUUGCAGGAGAGGAGAGAUUUUUUUGUGAGCGUUUGUGGUGAUAACUAGAAAAUGUUGAUUCUGAAGUGUUUUUGAAGCGUUUUCAAUGGAAAUUGAAAUCGAAGAAGAUAGAAAUAUGAAGAACAAGUCGUCGAAGCGAAUGGUUGGGAUGAUAAUUAGAUCCAGAAAAUCAAUUGCUAAGGAUGCUGUUGUGACAACCUCUGGCAUUGGUCAACCCAGUCUUUAUCAUGCCCUGGUGGUUAUUUUUUUGGAGUUCUUUGCUUGGGGUCUCCUGACCAUGCCACUGAUAUCCGUGCUUAAUACUACAUUCCCUGACCAUACCUUUCUCAUGAAUGGUCUCAUAAUGGGCAUAAAGGGUAUCCUGUCUUUUCUGAGUGCCCCCCUUGUAGGAGCCCUAUCAGAUGUGUGUGGCAGGAAGCUUUUUCUGCUCAUUACAGUGUUCUUCACUUGCAUACCAAUUCCUUUGAUGACUAUCAAUACAUUUUGGUUCUUUGCCAUGAUCAGUAUUUCUGGUGUAUUUGCAGUCACUUUCAGUGUGGUCUUUGCCUAUGUAGCUGACGUCACAGACGAGAGUGAGAGGUCUUUGGCGUACGGGCUAGUAAGCGGUACUUUUGCGGCCAGCAUGGUCAUUUCGCCAGCUUUGGGGGCGUAUUUGAUGGAGAGGUGGUCGGUGUCCCUCGUCGUAGCUCUAGCCACAGCCGUCGCCAUCCUCGAUGUCUUCUUCAUCCUGGUAGCGGUCCCCGAAAGCCUCCCCGAAAAGGUCCGUGCCUCCCCCAUCGGCUGGGAGCAGGCCGACCCAUUCGCUGCGCUGCGCAACGUCGGCCAAGAUCCCACCAUCCUUCUUCUCUGCAUCGCCGUCUUUCUUUCGUAUUUGCCCGAAGCUGGACAGUACAGCUGCAUCUUCGUGUAUUUGAAGCUGGUGAUGGGGUGGAGUGCGCCCAUGGUAGCGGUGUUCGUGGGGCUGGUGGGGCUGCUGGCUGUCAUCACGCAGCUGUGUUUAGGUGUUCUAAUAAAGAACCUCGGCUCCAAGCACACCAUCAUGCUGGGCCUGGUGUUCGAGAUGCUGCAGCUGUUGUGGUACGGCUUCGGCACCACCACGUGGAUGAUGUGGGGGGCCGGCAUAUUGGCCUCGAUGAGCUCCAUCACAUAUCCCGCCAUCUCGGCCUUCGUCUCUGUUCACAGCACUGCCGAUAGACAGGGCGUAGUGCAAGGUAUAGUUACAGGAAUGAGAGGCUUGUGCAAUGGUUUGGGUCCCGCCAUGUUUGGUUUGAUUUUUUACAUGUUCCACGUGGAUCUGAACGUUUCAGAUGCCGAACAUGUUGCUACACAUUCCACGCCAACAUUUGAAACGUAUUCGCAGCUGGUGCCAGGCCCGCCAUUCGUGUUUGGAGCUUUUCUAGUCAUUUGUGCUCUUUUUGUAGCAUCUUUCAUACCAUCCAAACCACUAAUCGAUUCUGGCAUACCUUUAGAAGCUCACUACGAGUUGGAGCGCAACCAGAAAGCAGCGGGGGCUCUGAGCCCCCUCAUACCCCAUAGAAGUAUAGACGCUGCGAUAUUAUAAGCGCCCCCCUCGAGGGGGAGACAUUCCGCUAGCGAAAAACGACGUUUGGCUGGUCGCCGGCACUUUUCCAAAAUGUCGUCAGAUCUCAAAGAUUGACAUAUAUUUUAAAUAAAUGUAAAUAAGAAUGAGCGGGUGAUAUACACAGAUCGAUACGGCAUUUUGGGAAAAGUGUGUUUUCCGAUGAGUUCGUGUCUGAUGGUACACUUUGAGCAUUACCUCUUUCUUUUCUUGAACAAACUAUUUUGUUAUCGAAUGUACUAGGUGUUCCUGAAAGGUCUGUACAAAAUCAUACCAUAGACCCCUGUGACCAAAGUGAUAUGAUGGAAUUAUACUUUUUUAUUUUCAUGCAACACCCUGUCUUUCAAAUUUGUGGAGAAAUGUGUGCCACAUAUUGAAUAUCAUUAAUAUGAUUGAUGACACUUUAUACAGUGUGACCCACUUAAGACCGGAGCACCCUCAUAAAAUCUAUAGUUUUUGACCGAUUUUUUUUUUUUUUUCGUUUCAGCAGAAGGACUAUCCGGAGAUC